AAAUCGGAAGGCAGCUACAGAUAGGAAGGCGCGUGGGUCUUGCCAACGUCUUCUCCAUUUCCUUGUAUUGGUGGUUUGGAAAGUGAAAGCUGUUUGAUUCGGAUUCUCUUUGGAAGACAGCAGCGGGUCAGCAGAAUAAUGGGCAACGGGCUGAGUCUUCCCGAUGACCUCGAAACCCACUUUGACAAUGAGGAGAUUGCUAGGCUGGGAAAGCGCUUCCGCAAGCUGGACAAGGACAGCUCAGGAUCACUGACCGUGGAUGAAUUCAUGUCACUGCCAGAAUUACAGCAGAACCCACUGGUCACAAGAGUAAUUGACAUCUUUGACACAGACCGCAACGGCGAGGUUGACUUCAAGGAAUUCAUUGAGGGAAUGUCUCUCUUCAGCUCAAAAGGCGACAAUGAGUCGAAGCUCAAGUUUGCCUUCAGAAUCUACGACAUCGACAAGGACGGAUACAUCUCCAAUGGCGAGCUCUUCCAAGUUCUCAAGAUGAUGGUUGGCAACAACCUGAAGGAUGUACAGCUUCAGCAGAUUGUCGACAAGACAAUCAUGUAUGCAGACAAGGAUGGUGAUGGCCGAAUCUCUUUUGAGGAGUUUAUAGCGAUUGUUGGAAACAGUGACGUCUCGUCGAAGAUGGUGGUAGAUGUCUGAGGAUACCUCUGGAAUUAGAUCUUUUCUUCUAUGUAUAUAAUUUUCAUCAGAUUAGUAUAGACCUAGACCAUGACCUACCAAUCAUUAUUGUCGUGCUGUAACUUGGUGUGUGCUACGUGUGCUGGUGCAAGCUUUGAAUAGUGUGUGCAAGACCUGUAA